UCGAAUUGGGUACUCUAUCUCUGGUUCAGACUUUUGUAAUGCUGGGUUUUCCUCCUUUUGCUUGCAGAGCCUCCCGAUUUAAGGAACUGGUUUUCGAGCUACCAAUAUGACUCUUUUGUUCUGAAUACUUACGAUGAAGCAUUCAGAAGCCGAGGUCACAAUGGUCCCUCAGUUGUUGAUGGAAGUGAGAGCCAGACUUUCAGCGAGAACCUAAUCAACCCGGAAACUGGCUUUCGAGCUAUGUAUCAGACUCUGGUGGGUUGGAUCAUGAUGGAGAACUUGAGACACUUGGUAUUUGGGAAAAUCAAGGUGAUAAAAGGCGCCAGAAUCUUCAGACUGAAAUUUUCAAGAUUUUUUAACUUGUCCUACACUUCUAUGCUUCCAGAGCCGCCUGACAUUAGGAACUGGUUCUCCAGCUAUGCCUAUGAAUCUCCUGCGCCGGGUGAAGAUGAGUCGCAGCAUAGAGAAGGCGUUAUCAUUAACCAAGAAGGAAGUGAAGAUGGAGAAAUGAUAUCUGAAUGCAUAGACAUUGAUCAAGGGAACAUUGAUGGGGAGUUCACACUUGAUGCACUUCUUCAUUGUGACAACUUCCCAAUAAAUCAUAACCAGAGUCACCUCCCGCAUUCAGAUAUAAGAAACCCUAAGACAAUGAGGAGCUUGGAAGGCCACAACAUUCAGAACAGUGACGAGAAAUUUCCAGCAGAAUUGUUGACUCCUAGUGAAGAUUCACAUUCAUUUGAGAAGUCGAAAGCAGCAGCAUCAGAUGAAAACAAUACCAAGUUAAUCACAGUAUCAGGCACUGGAAACACAGUUAGUGAUCAUGAAGCAAAAAAUGCAGCCGUUUCUUCUUCUGAAAGUGGGUUUCUGACAACAAGGAAGAACAGGAUCACCAGACUGCACUAUGACGAGAACCAUUAUCCCGGAUCAAGGAAUGUUGCACCAAAAUGCUUCAAGAGUGAGAGGAGGAAGAGUUGUUCAUCAACAUCAUAUGGUAAUGCAGCAAAGAAAGGCGCUGUCUGAAAGAAGUCCAAAUGUUGUGCAGCACAGUGAGGUAACCGGGAAGUGGAAAUGCCCUCAGAGGAGCAAGCCUGUUAUGCGACCUCCAUUGAAGCAACUUCGUCUAGAAAAAUGGGUGUCUAGGCUGUAGAGAUUCUGCUUGCUUCUCUGAAUGGAUGGUUUGUUAUUAGGCAGGGAAAAGAGUUGAUUGAAAAAAUUUAGGGAUAUGGGAAUUGAACCCGACGUGAAUCGAACACGCAACCUUCUGAUCUGGAGUCAGACGCGCUACCAUUGCGCCACGGAUCCCUGUGUGAAUGACAGGUCCUCAGAGCAUAACAACACAGUAUAUUCAUUGGUAAUUUCUUCGAUCCUUCCGAAGCAAGUAGACUAUGGACCAGAUUUGGUUAAAUUUGUCGAUUAGGUGACAUGAUCAGAUAGUCAAUGAACUUGAAUUGAUGGAUUUAAUGUACUGAAACAGCGUCACAAGGGAUCAACUACUUUAUUAGAAUUCAUUGAUUCAUCCGGCCGUGCAAGAAUGUCAAGGCGCUGCUAUAGCAGCUGGAAGUUGUCAAGGUCCUUGAACUUGUCUAUUGUUGUGUCUUGCAGUGUCGUCUA